AUGAAAGCAAUAAUUGACUUGAGAUUUAGGGAGUUAACUGGUACUGUUGAUGUGAUGAGCUCGAUUUCAUCAUUAGGGGACACUUUUGCCAUGCUGAAUGAUGUUCAGGUUUACUUGAAUAGACCUUCUAUGGCUGGUGGAGUUUGUAAGUUGGAUCAGGGAUGCAGUGUCUCUGCUAUAUUGAUGGCACUGAAAAAAGAGCUUGAUAAUUUAUAUGCCUCUAUGGAAAAUGGCGUCAAGGAGAUUCCAACAACUGUCAUUGUUGAAAAAUCACUUUUUAUUGGACGAUUGUUGUUUGCAUUUCAGAACCAUUCGAAGCAUAUACCCUUGAUACUUGGUUUUCCCAGAUUUUGGAUCCGUGGAAAUGUAUUUGUUAUUGGGAACGUCCCUUCUCUGGUGAAACAUUCUAGAUUUGGAUCCAAGCCUUCAGGCUCUGAUAGUCCAGGAAGACAAACAAGCCUUGGCUCUAAAAGGCAAACUUCAUCUGCUGCACCUGCCUUGCUUGGAGCAAGAGAAGGUACCACCCAUGAAUUGGAAGAACUCAAUAGAACUAUAGGGGAUCUUUGCAUUAGAGCUUACAACUUAUGGAUAUUAUGGCUAUCUGAUGAACUUUCUGCCAUUGUCUCACAAGAUCUCAAACAGGAUGAUGCUUUAUCUUUGAGUACACCCUGGAGGGGCUGGGAGGAUACCAUAGUCAAGCAAGAUCAGUCUGAUGAGAACCAAUUAGAGUGGAAGCAUGUUAUGACAUUUCCUUUUUUUUCUUUUUGUGGUGAUUAUUCUUUAUGUGAGAACUAGCUCAGGAACACAAUCAUCUAAUAUA